CAACGCCAUGUAACACACUAACACACGGUGGCAGCUCGGACCAACUAAAUUGACAUCACAUUUUUCGUGGUGGCUGUCACCGAUUUUUUUUUUCUCUCAGUAGAACACUCUUCGGCAAUAUUUGUACUGCAAAAGAUUCCACUCAGGAACAGAAAAACACAGCUGAAAAAUGUCGAUUUUCUUGAGAAAUUCCCGUGUAUUGGCCCGUCAAGGUGCUCAAUUGAUGCAAGCCCGUAAUUAUGCUGAAGCAGCCGCUUUGAAGCUGACAUUGGCUGGUGCCAACAAAGUGUUCUACGAUGCAGCUGAAGUUCGACAAGUCGAUGUGCCAUCAUUCAGCGGCGAUUUCGGUAUCUUGGCCACACACGUUCCAACACUCGCUGUCUUGAAACCUGGCGUCGUUACUGUGUACGAAAAUGAUGGUGCACAAAAGAAAGUGUUCGUUUCCAGUGGAACAAUCACCGUCAAUGUUGAUUCCAGUGUACAAGUGUUGGCUGAAGAAGCCCAUUCACUUGAAGAUCUCGAUGCCCGUUCCGCUCAAGAAGCCUUGUCAGCCGCUCAAUCGGAAUUGUCAUCGGCCAAAGACGAUAAAGCCCGCGCUGAAGCCACAUUAGCUGUUGAAAUUGCCGAAACCAUCGUCAAAGCUGUACAAUAAAUCAAUUUGUUUCACGUUCGAAUGUAACUGUAACUCAGUAAAAAGAGAACUUUAUUUUAAUUUGAAAAAAAAAACCAAUUGUGCGGACAUUUCGAUCAUAUUGAUAAUUCGCGUUGCAACAACAGCAACAACAACAACAACAUCAUUGGAACUAAUCAUGAGAUCUAAUCGAAUAACAUAACAUUCAAUGCAACAACUCAGUCAAACCCGGUGUAAUUUCAAUUUUUGAAUGAAAAAAAAAUCAAUCCAAACAAAAAUUAUAGAAAUAAAAACAUAAAAUGAAACAAAA